AUGGCCCUUCACAUCUCCUCCCUCGCCAUCGUCUUCCUCGCCGUCGCCGGCUCCGCCGUCGCCGCCGCCCAGCCCCCCGCCGCCGCCCCCACCACCUCAUUCGCAGCUGCACCCACCUCCAGAAAGCAUAUUCCGGCAGCCUCCCCCGCUGUCUCCGCCACCGCCACCGCCCCCGGCGCCUCUUCCCCCACUUCCUCGGUGAAAGCUCCCGUCGCCGCAGUCUCACCGGUGGCGGCAGCUCCCACCUCUUUCGCCACCGCAACGUCCCCCUCAGUCGCCGCCGCCACCUCGCCCUCCACCGCUGCCGUGCCGGAGGGAGCCGCCGACGGCAGCGGAGCCUUCACCACCAAGGUCACAUAUCCCGCCGCCGCCGGCAUCGCCAUGGCCACCGGCUUCUUCUUCCUCCUCUGA